AUGAACAACCAGCAGCAGCAACAGCAGGGCAACCGCCUCAAUCUUGCUUUUGGCUUCGGCGGAGGUGACCGACAGCAGCAGCAGUACCCCACGACGCCCUCCACCUUUCCACAGCCCGUCUACCCGAACCAGGCCGGCCAACAGGAGGUGUGGGGUGCACAGCAGGGCAAUGGUUACAGUGGGGGCAAUGGCUACUUCAUGAACCCCUACCAGCAGGCCCAGUAUCAGGGACAACAAGGGAACUUGCAGGCCCCCAAUGCUGGUCGAUUCAACGAAGCUGCCAACGGCCUUGCCCAGCAGUUCCAGCAGCAGCAUCUCGGUGGCAGUGGUCGAUCUGGGAGUCCGUACGGCGGCCGCCAGCCUUCGCCGAGCCAGCAGCGGCCCCGGACUGCUGACAACAGGGGCUUCCAGUAUGGAGGAGGAUAUGGUCAUCAUCCCCGACAGCCUUCUCUGAACGACGAGGAACCCCCGCCAAAGACCCCGGAGAAGUACUCAGAUAAUGUGUUACGUCAGGCCAAGGUUUCCAUCAACCUCGUUAGCACCUUUUUCAAAGACAGCGUGCAACGGGCGCGGGACCGCAACCAGCGUGCUUUGGAACUGGAAUCUAUCAUGAAGGAGCCCUCCAUAUCCGACAACCGCAAAGCCCAGAAGGAGCAAUCCAUGCGACGGCAAGAGGCAGAAUACCUCCGUUUCCUGCGUACCAAGGAGCGACCGGAGAACUUCUCGACACUCAAGAUCAUCGGAAAGGGUGCUUUUGGAGAGGUCAAGCUUGUGCAGAGGAGGAACGAUGGCAAGAUCUAUGCCCUCAAGUCGCUUGUCAAGGCUGAGAUGUUCAAGAAGGACCAGCUCGCUCACGUCCGCUCCGAGCGUGACAUUCUCGCCGAGUCGGACAGCCCUUGGGUGGUGAAACUGCACACGACCUUCCAAGACCACACCUUCCUUUACAUGCUUAUGGAGUUCUUGCCCGGAGGUGAUUUGAUGACCAUGCUGAUCAAGUAUGAAAUCUUCACUGAAGAUAUCACACGUUUCUAUAUGGCCGAAAUCACUCUCGCCAUAGAGGCUGUCCACAAGCUUGGAUUCAUCCAUCGUGACAUCAAGCCUGACAACAUCCUCUUGGAUCGUGGCGGCCACAUCAAACUUACCGACUUUGGUCUUUCGACUGGCUUUCACAAGGAGCACGAGGCCGGUUACUACAAGAAGCUACUAGCUGGUGGCGCCCACAAGUCGAACAGGGAAAACCGAAAUUCAAUGAACCUGGACCAGAUUCAGCUAACUGUCAGCAACCGCGCGCAAAUCAACACCUGGAGAAAGUCCCGUCGCCAGCUGGCGUACUCCACUGUGGGUACCCCCGACUACAUUGCACCCGAGAUCUUCAGUGGACAAGGUUACGACUACGGCUGUGACUGGUGGUCCGUUGGCACUAUCAUGUUUGAGUGUCUUAUCGGGUGGCCUCCGUUCUGCGCUGAAGAGCCACAUGACACAUACCGCAAGAUCGUCGACUGGCCGCGGAAUCUGCACUUCCCUCCGGACCAGCAGCUCGGAGCAGAGGCCGAGGAUUUUGUAAAGCGCUUAAUUUGCGAUGCCGAACAUCGUCUGGGCCGCAUUGGUGGGGCCAGCGAAAUCAAGCAACAUCCCUUCUUCCGCGGUGUUCAAUGGGACGGGUUGCGCCGCAUUCGUGCGCCAUUCGAGCCGAAGCUGCAAUCCAACGUUGACACACAGUACUUCCCCAUUGACGAGAUCGACCAGAACGACACCAGUGCUGCGCUGCGCGCGCAGACGGCCCAGGCGGGCGACGACGCGGCGGCGGAAAUGAACUUGCCCUUCAUUGGGUACACGUACAAGCGCUUCGACGCUUACAGAGGAACUUAG